UAUGUGGUGCAGAUCGCAGUGUGUAUAAACUAAUUUUUUUCCUUGGAUUUCUGUUGUAUUUUUGUUCUGCAUUGUUUUCAAUGUUUCAUAUUUGUAAAAGGCUUGGCUGGAACAUUUGUCUGAAAUGUUUACAGUUCUUAUCACAGUCUUGAUAGCAGUCUUUCCUGCAUAGUCAUAUGCAUUGAGACAUAAUGAAAACUCAAGAUAGCUCUGUGCAAACUUGUUAAUCAAGACAAAAAUUAUUUUUAGUUAUUUACCUGUAUUGUGCCCCAUUAGCUUAAUCUUAUAAUGCUCCACAUUAACAGAGUGGACAUUGAGCCUUAUCACAAGUUAAACUGAGUUGAGGCUCUAACAUCACCAUAUUUUUUAUAGAGGUCUUGGGUAAGGUAAGCACCAAGAAUAACAGGAAGGACCAUAUACACGCAGAGCCACAUGUAACUUCUUCAAUCUUGACACAUAAAUGGAUAAUAGACGUAAUCCAGCAGAGGCACAGAAUUUAUUACUGGUAAAUAUAUAUUGAUAUACCGAUGAAGUAUGUCUAAAACUUUGUCAAUCAGAAAUAAAACAAUUGGUUUUCACUCAUUUAUUUGGGCACAAAAUGCUUGAAUGCAGCUGUAGUGACACAUAUCUGCCCAUUUAAUGUUGUACAGUUACAGUAAUGUAUAUUUAAGCACUGGAUACUUCGCCCCAAAUAACAAAUAUGUGAGGUCUUUCUCACUGGUUGCUUUUUGGACUGUUUCAGGGGAUGAGACGCGACAGAGGGUCAAGUUCACUGAUGAUCGAGUCUGCAAAAGUCAUCUUCUAAACUGCUGUCCACAUGACAUCCUGUCUGGAACUCGUAUGGACCUGGGAGAGUGCACGAAGAUCCAUGACCUGGCACUUCGGGCAGAUUAUGAAAUUGCUUCCAAGGAGAGAGAUCUGUUCUUCGAGCUUGACGCUGUGGAUCACCUGGAGACAUUUAUUGCUGACUGUGACCGGAGGACAGAACUGGCCAAGAAGCGUCUGGCUGAGACCCAAGAGGAGAUCAGUGCUGAAGUGGCAGCAAAGGCGGAGAAGGUUCAUGAGCUGAAUGAGGAAAUAGGAAAGCUCCUGGCCAAGGCUGAGCAGCUUGGAGCAGAGGGCAAUGUCGAUGAGGCCCAGAAGGUUCUGCAGGAAGUGGAGAAGGUCCGCACUAGGAAGAAGGAUGCAGAGGAAGAGUACAGAAACUCCAUGCCAGCCUCCAGCUUCCAGCAGCAGAAGCUUCGGGUAUGCGAGGUUUGCUCCGCUUACCUGGGUCUCCAUGACAAUGACCGUCGUUUGGCAGACCAUUUUGGUGGGAAGCUUCACCUGGGCUUCAUCCAGAUCAGAGAGAAACUGGACCAACUAAAGAAAACUGUGGUCGACAAGCAGGAGAAAAGAAACCAGGAGCGCUUGAAGAGACGAGAAGAGAGGGAGAAAGAGGAAAGGAUGAAGAAGAGGACCAGAUCACGGAGCAGAGAGCAUAGAAGAUCCCGUUCUCGUGACCGCAGAAGGAGGCGCUCGCGCUCCACAUCUCGAGACAGGCGCCGCACGCGCUCGCGCUCCAGGGAGAGGAGGAGGAGGCAUCGCAGCCGAUCCCGCUCUCGCAGCCGAGGACACCGUCACAGCCACGAGCAGAGCUCCAGACACAAGUCGUCCAGGGACCGAGAGCGCUCAUCCAGAGACAGGUCACGAGAGCGAGACAGGAGGGACGGCGUCAACGGCAGGUCCGACUCCCGCCGGGCAGACGACAGGGACAUGGGGGACCUCUGAAGACCAAACUCCAUCCAUCACGACACACGACCUCCUCCUGUCUCUCUCACCCGUCUGUCCAUUUAUAAUAACCGUAACGUCACACACAGCCCUCGCCUUGACCCCUUCGUUCUCCCGCCUGCCUCCUUUCUUUGCUUUGACAGUUACUGCAGCCGACCCAGAGUGUACACAUACCUGAAAUAUUGUAUGGGUAAAAUAUUCUAGCAUCCAGAUAUAUAUCGAAGAUUGCAUUUGGAUGGGGGGAUUAGUUAUUGAUCAGUAGUGGAGUGUGUUGUAAUACCCACAUCUGUGAUUUGGUGGCUGUCUGUAUCCAACACAUCUAACGUCUUGUUACCCUACGAGCAAACAGACGGACGGUCUGCUGGACUGAAGCAUAACUGAUCCAUUAUUCUUUUAUUAUUAACUGAUGGUCUUUUGAUACAGAAUCUGUCUGAAUAUCUUAUAUAUCUGAGUAUGUUUCUGGCCUACUGAUUGUUGUGGUCUGAAAAACCUUGUCCCAUCAACAAGUUUUCUUUUCCGUCAAAUUUCACCAGCUCCUGGUAAACUGCAGGAGUCGUCGACGCUCCAGUUCGAGUGCAGUUCAUGAAUGUCUGUCCAUGUUCUUAUUUUGUCCAGUACUCAGUUUGCUAAAGCCCAGGUAAAGUUUUAGGAACCCAAUUCAAAACCAAGAGGUUUUAAAGUUGCGAGUAUAAGAAUCGACCAUCGUCCACUUUUUUAUUUUAGAUAAUCAAGUUUUAUUUUCUGCUGCCGGAAGUGAAGGGAAUCCGUUUGAGAGUUUGGCCCGUGUGAGUUUAUGCUUGUUUUGAGUUGUAUUGGUGGCAAAUCUUUGUUUUUUUUUAAUUUGUUUCCACCUUGAUUUCUUUUAUUUAAAAUAAAUGGUAACUUCAAAGUUUGUGUCGGCAUAUGAAGCACCAGGUUCAUAAAUGAUACAUUGGAAAUUUAAAGCUAUGACUGUAUAUUAACUUUAUUUUGGCCCAUUUUGGACAAAUUCCUCCUGAAUAGAUUUAUAAUUGCAAACAGAUUUUAAUGGAUGCAUUGCUUUACCUAAUGUGUGAAGUCAUCUGUUUAUGUUCUGCUGGAAAUCUUUCUUUCACGUCUCGAUUAAAAAAAACAACAUCCCA